AUGGAACUACAAGGCCUACAAGAGGCGUUGAAAGUAGAAAUCCAAUGUCAUCAGUCUGCAGAGGGGAAGAGGCCUCGCCAUAAAAGGAAUACCAGAAUAACUACUUUAAUGGAUAAAAAGAACCAGACGUUGUGCAAAGGCCUCGAACUUCAGAAUGGACAGAAGCUGGCGGUCAGAAGUUGUCCUGUAGGGACGACUAAGCCGCUGUCCCUCAUCAAACCUCCCGCUCAGAGCAUCGCCAUCUCCGUGGUGCCGGCCAAGGCUCCCGUUUCCAUGGUUACAGCACACAUCAACGGCCAGAAGGCGGCGAGCUCGGAGCCCCUCCAGACGUCCCCCAUCAACCUCCAGACGGGCGGCAGGGUGGGGACGGCCGGAGUCCACCCGUUCAGCAGCAGCAGGAGAGCCGCAGAGCUGCCGCCCUCUCAGAUGUUGGGAACUCUCACUGCUGUGCCCAUCAAGGUGCCUCAAGUCAGCUCCCUGCACCGGCUGGCAGGACAAGCAGCCACUCUGCUACCUCAGGUCAGGCCAAAGACCCAGAUCCCCGACAGCCUCCCCCACAGUCCCUGUCAGGAGCUUCAGCCGCUCAGUCUGCAGAGAGCCACAGCCGUGGUCAGUCCCAAGAGCGGGGCCCCCACCCUGCCCACCGCCAACAGCACCUUCAGCCCCGACCACCAGCCCAACGGACAGAGCGACAUCUCGCCGCCCUCUGCCCCUCUACACGGCCCACCAGGGGGCACAGACUCGGCGGGUCCCGCCCAGCAUGCUACCGCAGGGCCUGGCGUGGCGUACGCCAUCAUCGCCGCCUCCCCCGCCACUGGAAACGGGGUGUCUGCUGUGAGCGAGGCCGUCAAGGUGCAGCACCUGCUGUUCAGCGCUGACAACAAGGUGAUAAUAAUCCAGCCACAGGCCCCCAGCAGCACUGAGGGGUCUCCGGGGGGUCAGGCUGACCUCCCCUCACAGGAAGCUCCGUCCACCCCAAAAUCCCCGAAGUCCCCGAAAAAAGACGAAGACCCCGAGAAAAUCGCCUUCAUGGUCGCCCUCGGCCUCGUCACCACAGAGCACCUGGAAGAAAUCCAGACGAAGCGACAGGAGAGGAAAAGACGAAGCACAGCCAACCCAGCCUACAGCGGCCUCUUCGAACCAGAGCGUAAACGUCUGGCGUCACAUUACCUGAACAGCUCGCUCUUCCUGUCAGCACGAGACUCUGAGGAUUUCUGCUGGAAGGAGGACUUGGAGCAUGACAAGCACUGUGCCGUCUGUAAGGAGGACGGAGAGCUGCAGCCCUGCCACAACUGCCCCAGAGCCUUCCACCCAAACUGCCUCCACCCGCCGCUUAAAACCCCACCCAGAGGACCGUGGUACUGCCCCAAGUGUCAGAAAAAGGUGCUGAACAAAGAGAACAUGUCAUGGCCACAUAACUUUGUUCAGUCCUAUGUCACACACAAGACAGUGAGGCAGGAGGAGAAGCGACGGCUGCUGAGACGAAACAAUGAGCUUAAGAACGAGUGUGCUCACCUGCAGGAGCAAGACAAGAAGCUCAACAACACGCUCAAACAAUGUAUGGACCUGAGGGAGCGACUGUUGGGGCAGCAGAGAGACACUCAGGCGUCACUCGAACGCCUCAAAGCUCUCAUCCGCCUGAUCCAGCGCGACCAGCUCAUCCAGGUCACCAUGACGACCACCGCCACCAUCGCCGCCUCCCUGCUGUCCCAGUCCUGGAUCAAACAACCCACCAGCAUUACCGCCGCCGUUGCCGCCGCCAUCCCGGGCCCCUCGGCUACGCCCCUGCAUCAGAGCCACGCCCACAGCCAGGAUGAUGCCAACAACUAGCCCCGCCCCCUCGGCUGUGCUGAUUUCUUUUUAUCUGAUAAUAUCGUAACCAUCUUUU